AUGGCCCUGAAAUACUCAUGUUUGAACAAUCAAGCUUGUGUAUUUCAGGAUAAAGUGCCACAUAUUGCAUUACUGGGUUCUGGAGGAGGACAAAGAGCCAUGGUGGGUUUGCUGGGAUCCCUGGUUCAGCUUGAUAAAGCGGGUCUUCUGGACUGCAUUCUUUAUCUGAGCGGAGUCUCUGGAUCCACCUGGUGCAUGGCCUCCUUAUACCAAGAACCAGACUGGUCCACCAAACUAGAGACUGUGAAGAACAAAAUCAUCAAGAGACUCAGCGGUCCAGGAGUCAGCUGGGGAGAUGCAUUUGCCAAACUGAAGAAAUAUUACUAUGAGAAAGAUCACUUCAGCUUGACUGACGUCUGGGCAGUGAUGAUCAUCACAGAAUAUGUGAAAGAGGUCUGUAAAUAUUCAUACCACAAACCUGCAUGAUUUGGAAGUCAAAUCCAGUCUUAAAGUGCUGUAUUUUUAAUAGUUAGUUGAUUAUGGGAUGCCAAGGAACCUGAGACACAUGUAAACACAUACUGAAACAUUCUGCUGAUUACAAACUACUGUAAAUCGACCUACUAUAGGCAAAAUACAUACAAAGUCUGAGACCACAUUGAAAAUCUGAGACUGAUUAAUUUAAGUGGUAGCUAAUAAACUUUUUGGGACAAAUAAAUAAUUUGUGAUAACUAUAAAUUUUGAAUGUAUAUUAUCCUGCUUAUUUCAUGUCUUCCUGCCACAAUAGUAAAUAAUUGGACACAAAAUAUUGAUUUGAAUUGAAAUAUUUUAUUAGCUUCCGCAAAUAAAAACGGCUCCUAGCAAGUGGUUUGGAAGCAAAAUGAAGAAACAACAUAAAAUAAGACGAACAUUUUAAGGAAUAAUGUGGUUAUACCACAUAUUUUCACCAAUCAAUUAUGCGGCAUGAAUUAUUGAUUUGAGUUGAAACUGCUUUCAAAUCUUACCUAUUUAUUUUGGUACAAUCCAUUUUAGAAAAAAAACACA